AUGGAAACGGAUUCGUUGGACACGAAAGGCGAGGGUCUGAAGCAGUACUACAUCACGAAGAUUGAAGAGUUGCAGCACAUCGUCACCGACAAGAAUCAGAAUCUUCGCCGACUUCAGGCCCAGAGGAAUGAGUUGAACGCCAAAGUACGUAUGCUUCGGGAAGAGUUGCAAUUACUUCAAGAACAGGGCUCUUAUGUGGGAGAAGUGGUCAAACCGAUGGACAAGAAGAAGGUGUUGGUGAAAGUGCAUCCCGAGGGCAAGUUUGUGGUCGACAUCGACAAGAAUAUCGACAUUAAGGACGUGACGCCCAACAGUCGGGUCGCCCUCCGCAACGAUUCGUACGCUUUGCACAAAAUCCUUCCCAAUAAAGUGGAUCCGUUGGUGAGUCUCAUGAUGGUUGAGAAGGUGCCCGACAGCACCUACGAGAUGGUCGGCGGACUCGACAAACAGAUCAAAGAGAUCAAAGAAGUGAUUGAAUUGCCGGUUAAACACCCGGAGCUGUUCGAGGCUCUCGGCAUCGCUCAGCCCAAAGAGAUCAAAGAAGUGAUUGAAUUGCCGGUUAAACACCCGGAGCUGUUCGAGGCUCUCGGCAUCGCUCAGCCCAAAGGUGUGCUGUUGUACGGCCCGCCCGGAACCGGUAAGACACUGUUGGCCCGAGCGGUGGCCCAUCACACGGACUGCACGUUCAUACGCGUGAGUGGCUCUGAAUUGGUACAGAAGUUCAUCGGCGAGGGCUCGCGAAUGGUUCGCGAGUUGUUUGUGAUGGCCAGAGAACACGCGCCGUCCAUCAUAUUUAUGGACGAAAUCGAUUCGAUCGGCUCUUCGCGUAUCGAAUCGGGUUCUGGCGGUGACUCCGAAGUGCAGCGAACAAUGUUGGAGCUGUUGAACCAAUUGGACGGCUUCGAGGCCACGAAGAACAUCAAACGAACAAUGUUGGAGCUGUUGAACCAAUUGGACGGCUUCGAGGCCACGAAGAACAUCAAAGUGAUUAUGGCUACCAAUCGGAUCGAUAUCCUGGACCCGGCGCUCCUAAGGCCCGGCCGUAUCGACCGUAAGAUAGAGUUCCCGCCGCCGAACGAAGAGGCGAGACUCGAUAUCCUGAAGAUUCAUUCGCGUAAAAUGAAUUUAACUCGUGGUAUAAAUUUGCGUAAAAUCGCGGAAAUGAUGCCGGGGGCGAGUGGCGCCGAAGUGAAGGGCGUCUGCACUGAGGCCGGGAUGUAUGCCCUCCGCGAGCGACGCGUUCACGUGACUCAAGAGGACUUCGAGAUGGCUGUGGCGAAGGUUAUGCAGAAAGAGGCCGAGAAGAAUAUGUCCAUCAAAAAGCUCUGGAAAUAA